UUACAUGAUCGAAAUUUCAACAUUUCGGCAUGAUUUCAUAUUUGAUUUGACAAUUUGAAUUAAAAUCAUAAUCAAUCGUUUUUCAAAAUAAUGUCGCUUGUAGCUGCUGCCAAUAAACGAGUGGUAUAUUGUGGUGGAUUGUCCGAAGAAGUGGAUGAAAAAAUCAUCAAAUCAGCUUUUCUUACUUUCGGUGAAAUUAUCGAUGUGAACAUGCCUAUAGAUUAUAUCACCCAGAAACAUAAAGGAUUUUCUUUCAUUGAAUUUGAAACGGCUGAAGAUGCGGCAGCUGCCAUCGAUAAUAUGAACGACUCAGAAAUAUUUGGCAAAACGAUCCGAGUUAAUUUGGCAAAGCCGGUAAAACUUCGCGAAGCUUCAUACAAAGCUGUUUGGGCUGAUGAUGAAUGGUUGGCGAAACAUGCCGGUAAAACUUUGACGUCUGAAUUCGGUAUUGAUAAGAAAGAAAGCUUAGAGCCAAAUGACGAUGAUGAUAAUGACGACCAUGAAGAAAACACAGCUGAUGCUGAAUCGGCUGGUUUGAACGAAAAAAUGAAAAUCAAUCCACAAGUAUUUUUCGACAUUCGAGUCGAUAAUCAAUACUGUGGUCGUAUUGUCAUAUUGCUUCGUAAAGACGUUGUUCCAAAAACGGCCGAAAAUUUCCGUUGUCUAUGUACACAUGAAAAAGGAUUCGGUUUCCGCGGCAGUAUAUUUCAUCGAAUCAUCCCUGGUUUUAUGAUUCAAGGUGGUGAUUUUACCAAUCACAACGGCACUGGAGGUAAAUCUAUAUAUGGACGAAAAUUCGAAGAUGAAAAUCUUCAACUAAAACACACUGGAGCUGGAAUCCUAUCGAUGGCCAAUUCAGGACCAAAUACUAAUGGAUCACAAUUUUUCAUCACGACUUCUCGAACGGAAUGGCUUGAUGGCAAACAUGUCGUAUUUGGACAAGUAAUACAAGGUAUGGACAUUGUUAGAAAGGUAGAAGAAUGUGGUAGUAAAAGCGGAAAGCCAAACAAACGUGUCAAGAUUGCAAAUUGUGGAGAAUUUGUUUGAAUUUUAUUUAAUUAAAUUUCUUUAAAUGUUAUA